AGGGGAGGGGAGGGGAGCCUGGCUGGAGGAUGUCUGGGACUCAGAGGAAGACAGUACAGUGGGGGGUGGGCUCUCACAUGCCCACACACUCAGAAGUCUCGCUGCUCCUGCCACCCCUGACCAGAACCACCUCCAACUGGUGUGGACCCAAAGGAGAAGUGGCUGAAGGACACACAAAGCUCAAGUGGCCAGUGGGUGUUCCCAGCCAGGUGGCCCCUGUGGCAAGAGACCCUCAUCAGACCCUCGGCACCCCACCAAGAGGGGCGGGGAGAGCAGCCACUGGUCCUGCGCUGGGUAGACUGGGCUGCAAACCUGGCCUGAUAAGUUGCCAGCAGUGUCUCGCAGCAGCCAUGAAGGACGAAGUGGCCCUUCUCGCCACUGUCACCCUCCUAGGAGUUCUCCUACAAGCCUACUUCUCCCUGCAGGUGAUCUGGGCGCGCAGGGCCUUCCGCGUGUCGCCGCCGCUCACCACCGGGCCCCCCGAGUUCGAGCGCGUCUACCGAGCGCAGUGCGGCGGCCCUGUGCGGUCUGGCCUACCUCUUCGCGCGCCUCCGCUACUUCCAGGGCUACGCGCGCUCCGCGCAACACAGGCUGGCCCCGUUGUACGCGAGCGCGCGUGCGCUCUGGCUGCUAGUGGCUCUGGCGGCGCUCGGCCUGUUCGCCCACUUCCUCCCGGCCGCGCUGUGCGCCGCGCUCCUUGGAAGGCUCCGGACGCUGCUGCCCUGGACCUGAGACAGGACGCCGUGGGCAGGGCUGAAGACGAGCCGGGGCCUCCAGGGGGGGCGGGAGUGGGAUACCGUGAUGAUUAAAGUGUGGUGACCCCA